AUGGCAUUCAAUAUCGAAAGCGGUCUGAUCGACAUCGCCGCGAUCACCAGCUUGGUCGGAGCCACCACGGCAGAGUCGCUGAUUCUUGGUAGCAGAGGAGCAGCCGGCUUGCCUUGGGCCGCCAUGAGCUGCUUUGGUUCCUUUUACGUGGUGAAGGCGUGCGUUGCGGCCUCAUUGCCGGCGUGGUUACGCGAUGCUAUGGGACUCGAUUCCCCGCUUUGUCGUGCAACGCUGGGGGCGUCAUCUCCCCUGGAUCAUAGAUCCAUGCUGAAGGUGAGGCCCGAAACUCCGGUUGGCAUCUCAGUGGAUCCGGGCUCUGAAAUUGCCAAGUCGUCGAUCAACUGCAUCUAUGCCUUCGACGAAUAUACUGCCGGGAUUGUCCGCUCAUGUCCAUCCUUUCAACACGGUGAGGCCCCUCGGGUAUUCGCCUACGCGCGCGAUGGUCCCAAGGCGGACCCAAGGCGAGAUUGGCUCGCCGUCGCAGCCACCGCCGUGAAGAUCGCCGAGACGGUCGUCUUGUCCCAGCACGCGGGAUGGCAGUUAACUCUGACCUCGACGAUUAGCUGGGCAUUCUUUUUCCUGGCAGCAUGCAGUCUGCAGGCUCUGGGCAUCUCGCGAGAGCUGCGAAAUCUCCCCUCCAACUCACGAUUCCGACACGAUAUUAUCGCUGGGGAUUUUCCCACCGCGCAUGGUCCCGGCAAGGAGAUCAAAAUUCUGUUCGGAGUCCCAAUGAAUGUCCGAAGACAUCUGGCUUGGCGACUGGUCUGGGGCAUCGGCGGGAUGGUCUGUUUCUGCGCGACCGUAGCAACCUACAUCCUCUUGAGUAAACGAAUGACGACACGGCAAUUUUAUAUAUGGGCUGCCUUUCAAGGCAUCUGGCUCAUGAUGCGCUCGGUUUACUUUCAUUUUGCGUUGUUCACCGACGGUCGGCCAUGCCAGGUGGUGGAGCAAGAGGUCACCAACCAGAGAUACCGACUCUUGUCCUUUGCUUCGGGAUUAUCUCGCCAUCUUGCCAAGCUGCACCCACGAACAGCAGAAUCGUACCUGAGUGACCUGCAUGAAGCGUUGGAGAUCCAGACAUACAUCAACUCCGCGGGUUUCAACUGGGGCCGCCGGCUGGGCGAUGAAACGCCCUUUGAGCCACCGCCACCUACCUUCUCCGAGCAAAAUAACGCUUUCGUUGAUAUCGAAAUUCUUGCCGUCAUUGGCGAUACAAUGCUUUAUAGUAUCGCUUGGAUAUAUGGGUAUGAUAUAUCUGCCUUCGAUCUGUAUGAUUCAUGUUUGGUCGUGGUGAAGGUCACUGAGAAGACCUUCCUUGUCCCGGCGACCCGCGUUUGCUCCGGAAAUAUAACAUAUGUCAAGGCCCAUCCUGCCGAGGCUGGGCCCGAUGAGAUGCCUCAGUUCAUACCCAAGAUGGGCCCGUGUCGUGCGGAAGACAAUGGUUGGGUAUUCUGGAUCCCUUUGGGGCCCAAUCGGUGGCUUUAUGUUCUAUGCGGCCUAGAUUUUCUGGGCCAGCAGUGUGGUGAGAUCUUAGACAAUGCGGAAGUAACUCGACGACUCAUGUUGGGGACUCUGUGGGUGAGUAUCAAGCACAGUGACGAGAUCCAGGAUUCCACCAAGAAGGCGGGCAUUGUAGGUCGCAUUCUCAUGUUUUACUUCCUGGGCGAGGAGGAAUGCGCCCACCUACCUGACUUGGAGACAUUUGGGAGAAACAGUUAG